GGCAUCAUGACGACCACUGCUCUCGUAGAUACUCAAGUACUGGGCUUACUGAAAUCUCACUCUGGUACAAAGGCGGAUUUAUCAGCACAAACAGCUCAUUCACCACAAAUCAACAAUGACAUACGGCUGUUUGGCUGGAUUGCUACAGCCAACAUUCCAUCCAUCCUACAUCCACUGGUUGCUGUUAUGCGCCAAUGCAUCAAUCCUCUAGUUGCUGAUCCAAGGGAUGCCAUCUUUGUGUCGUACAUGCUGUUUUACUUGUUCACCGCUAUACCCUCUGCUUUAUGGCUAUUAUUUGGUAGCUUUACUUGGAUUCAUGCUAUUGCACAUACGGUCUAUUUGGCCGUAUUCACUGCUCCGUUUAUUCUGAUGCUUCACUGUUUAUGCCACCGUCGUAUUGGGAACCCCAAAAACUCUCCUUGGCUAGAUGCUAUAGUCCACUACUUUCUGGCACCUUUUUUUGGAGAAACCUGGAACACCUUUUACUACCAUCAUGUGAAGCACCAUCAUGUAGAGGACAAUGGACCAGAGGACUUGUCCUCUACCAUUUGGUACGAUAGAGACAAUGCUCUGCAUUUCCUAGCCUAUUUUGCUCGCUUCUAUCUAUUUGUUGGCAUGGAGCUUCCUUGGUAUUUCUACAAAAAGGGCAGGUAUUCGCAGGCAUUCAACUGUCUUGUUGGGGAAUAUGGUACCAUGCUAGGCUACUGUCUGUUUUACCUAUACAUUUGUCCCAACAAUCCACUCGGAGUGACAUUUGUAUUUAUUGUUCCAUUGAAUCUAGCCAGAUACGGCAUGAUGUCAGGCAACUGGGCACAACAUGCAUUUAUCGAGCCUACCGAUCCAACCAACGACUACAAAUCUGCCAUUACAUGUCUGGCUUCUUUCUACAACAAAAACUGUUUCAAUGAUGGAUACCAUACUUCGCAUCAUUUGAACCCGCUCAGAAGAUGGGAUGAUCACCCACAAAACUUUGUCAGCACUGCAGAAAAGUAUCGUAAGCAAACCACAGUUGUGUUUGAAGGACUAGAUUUCCACGCAGUGUGGGUUGCGCUGAUGUUUAAAAACUACUCGACACUGGCCAACCAUUUUGUUCAGCUAGCCAACAAGGGUGACCCUGACUACAUGACUAAGGAACAAAUCAUGGUGUAUCUGGAAAGGAGGACAAAACGGCUUUCUAAAGAACAGAUUGCCCAACACUAUACUCUCAAGAAACAAUAAGGCUUGAAUCAAUCAUCAAAAAUAAACGAGUUUAUUUGAC